GGGCUGGGAAGGGAGGACUCCAGGCAGGCUGCAGCUUGCAACAUUAGAUUGUAUUUACAUACACAAAUCGCUCUGUGCGGAGCCCGGUCUCCCGCAGUCUGAGCUGGAGGUCUGAGACUAUCCUAGGCUGGAAAGCCCCCCCCCGGGGGGGGGGAGUGCCGAGAAAGUCGAGGCAAGGGGGUAAGGCGAGGACGGCGUGCAGGAUCAGGCAUGAGUUGGAGCGCCCCGAGCAGCGCGUGGCUGAGAUCUUGGGGAGCUGCGCGGCGCUGGCAGCGGCGGCCGCUCCAGCUGGCGUCUCCGGCAAGUCCUGCCCGGGCGACCUGGCACGGUGCUCGGACCAUCGUGGACAUGUCCUACUCCCGUCACUUUCUGGAUUUCCAGGGCUCGUCCAUUCCCACCUGCAUGAAGAAGCUGGUGGUGGCGAAACUGAGCGCCAACUUCCGAGAAGCUGUUACCUUGCGCCAUUCUGUGCCUGUGCCGCUCCCGGGAGACGGCGACUUGCUCGUCAGAAACAGAUUUGUUGGCAUUAAUGCGUCUGACAUCAACUACUCAGCUGGCCGAUAUGACACAACAGUUAAGCCCCCGUUUGAUAUAGGUUUUGAAGGAAUUGGAGAAGUAGUGGCUUUGGGACUGAGUGCAAGUGCUAGAUACACAGUGGGUCAAGCAGUGGCCUACGUCAAGCCUGGGGCCUUUGCUGAAUACACUAUUGUGCCUUCUAAAGAAGCUAUUCCAGUGCCUUCUGUGAAACCUGAGUUUCUAACACUACUGGUAAGUGGAACGACUGCAUAUAUCAGUCUGAAGGAGCUUGGAGAAUUGUGUGAAGGGAAGACUGUUCUGGUGACAGCAGCAGCUGGAGGGACUGGUCAGUUUGCUGUGCAACUUUCAAAGAAGGCCAAAUGCCAUGUAAUAGGAACAUGCUCCAGUGAUGAGAAAUCUGGUUUUCUGAAAUCCAUUGGCUGUGACCACCCCAUCAACUAUAAAACCGAAAAUGUCACUGAGGUCCUGAAGAAGGACUACCCACAAGGUGUGGAUGUAGUAUAUGAAUCUGUUGGUGGAAAGAUGUUUGAUAUGGCUGUCAACUCCUUGGCUAUCAAAGGGCGUCUGAUAGUGAUUGGGUUUAUCUCUGGCUACCAAACACGGACUGGCCUUCAGCCAGGAUAUGUUGAGAUGUUGCCAGCAAAACUGCUAAAAAAAUCAGCCAGCAUCCGGGGUUUCUUCUUAAACCAUUACUUUUCUGAAUACCAAAUGGCUAUGAAACACUUGCUCGAAAUGUGUGAAAACAGAGAACUGGUUUGUGAGGUGGACCUUGGAGAGAUGGCUCCAGAAGGCAAGUUCACUGGUUUAGAGUCUGUAUUCCGUGCUAUAGAUUAUAUGUACAUGGGGAAAAACAUUGGAAAAAUUGUAGUUGAAUUACCUCAUUCUGUCAACAGUAAGCUGUAAAAACAGAACAAUGAUAUAAAUCAAAAGAGAGAGAAUGGUCACUUUAUGCCUCACAAUAACUAAAACAGUUUAAUUUUUUUUUAAAGUUAGAAAUAGGCAACAUAUUAAAAAGAGCAUUUAGGUGUUAGUAAAGUUUUGAUUUGUUUCAGUUAGAGGUUUUGUAUUAUUUAAAAAUGUAACUUGUCAUUGGCAUUGCAUUUAACAGCUUUACAUUUUGCGUCUGGAAAUUCAGCCUUGUGCUGAAUCUGAGCAUUAUUCUGGCCAACUAUAACGAGCAUUAUUCUGGCCAACUAUAAAACUGAUCUUGUAACUUUCUUCUGAUUUGAAUAUGAAUCCUAUGAAUAUGAUCCAACCGGGGGUUCCAAAUCAGUGGCUCUAUUUUCUGUGCUAGGAAAGGCAAAUUUCUAGUUCAGCUAGGAAAAUAUGUCUUGCUAGAUAAAUGUACUGGUUGAAAAAUCAAAGCAGAAAAAAACCCACUCAAGUUUGCUGCUGUUAAUCAAGCCUGCCAAGUUCACGUCUUUAUUUCUGUUUUGACAUAUACUUCCUGUAAUGUCACUUUUCCAGUAUUCCUUUUUUGUUAUAUUACCCCAUUAAAUGGAUCACCUUUGCUAUAAUAUUACAUUCUUCUUAUCCUGUUUAUUCUUGUUAUUUUAAGGUAAUCCAGGAACAAAAGAAUUAAUAAA